GCCCGGAAGCUGGUGCCGCUGCGCGCUAUAUAUGCCGCUGGCUAGGCACAUUGUGUGGCCGGCUGGCCUCUCGCGCGCUGUACCUCCUCGUGUCCAGGAAAUCAAGCAGAGGCCGCCCAAGCCCCCGCUUGAUCGAUCAUGUCGUCCAAGGAGGAAGAGGCGAAGGAGACGCCGCGCGGCGGCGGGAAUGGCGAGCUGGCGGCGGCGAUGGAGCAGCUGGCGGCGGAGGGGGUGCGGGCGCUGCACGCGCGGGCGGAGGCGGAGUGGGGACCCGUGCUGCGGAGCGCGUGCCAGACGGCGGCGGCGCGGGCGCUGUGGGCGGCCGCGGUGCGGGACCCGGCGGCAGGGGUGCUGGCCGGGGAGCGGUGCCUGAGGGGCCUCCACGACAAGAUGAUGCGCGACGAGAGGGCCGGGGCGCGCGAGGUGUCCGGGGUCAUGGUCGCCGUGCGCACGCUCUGGUUCGACGCUCGCCUCCAGGCCGCCGUCGCCUCGCUCGGCGCCGGACCGCUGCAGGUCGUACUCCUCGGCGCAGGAAUGGAUGCGAGAGCUUAUCGACUGAGCUGCCUAAAGGAAUGCGCUGUAUUUGAACUUGAUUUCCCAGAGCUACUAGAAAUGAAAUCUGGCAUUCUGCAUGAAGCAAUGAGUUCUACACAUCAUCAGAAACUCACCAUGAUGGCAAAAUCAUUGACCAGGGUUCCUGCCGACAUACGAGAUGCAAACUGGAUGGCCAAGCUACAGAGCUGUGGGUAUAUUCCUGAAAGAAACACCAUAUGGGUUCUAGAAGGAAUUCUCUAUUACCUUCAACAUGCGGAUGCAAUGCAAGUCCUCGAAACCAUUGCAGGAUGCCGCACCUCAGCCUGCACCGUCCUCUUGGCUGACUUCAUGAACAAGAAUGCAACGGCGCUCUCUCAGACGAUGUACCAUUUCUACCAUGACAGCCCUGAUCUGCUGCUCCCUUCGAUUGGGUUCUCUCAGGCACUGUUGUCACAGAUUGGAGAUCCCGAAGCACAUUUCGGUCUGCUAAAUCAUCCACAAAAUCUAUUUGAUAAGCUGAGGAGAUUGCCGAGAUCAGUGGAGACAAAUCCAGAGGAUGGCACACCAUGCUGCAGGUUGUAUUUGGUGGAAGCCUCUGCUUCUCCAGAUGAUCAUGCCACCUUAUAGAACUUCACGGCCAUUGGAUCAUUGUUUGAAAUAAUUAAUUAUGCCUCUUUCUUUUCCUCUGAUUAUUAUUUGGAGAAUUCAUUAGCAUUCUAACUCAGAUGUGACUUUGUAUAAUACCUUUCAGUCUGAGAUAAUCUGCAAAUCUUGUCGGUGAAAAGACAUUCUUGAGA